UCUUUCACCGUUCCGCGGGCAUCGCUGGUUGCGGUCGUAGGGAGCGUGGGCGCCGGCAAGUCCUCCCUCCUUUCUGCCUGCCUCGGAGAGCUCUAUCGGAGAUCUGGUAUUGCACAGCAGUGGUUUUGCCCUUUUUGCCAGGCCACUCUAGCCUACACAUCGCAAUCAGCUUGGAUUCAACAGCAGAGCCUGCGAGAGAACAUAAUCUUUGGGACGCCUUACGACCCCGCUCUCUAUGCUACAGUGAUUGAAGCCUGUCAGCUGGACGAGGACAUUCGACACCUACCCGAUGGAGACGCAACGGCAGUGGGCGAACGCGGUCUCACCCUGUCUGGUGGUCAAAAGCAACGCGUGGCACUUGCAAGAGCUGUUUACCAGUGGCUUUCAAGUUGUGAUCGGGUUCUCGUCCUCGACAAUGGCAACGUGGCAUAUUUUGGGACAUUUAAGGUAAGUCCACAGACAUGA